AUCUCUCUCUCCUUUACUCACUCUGUCUUUUCUUUAAGCUGAAGUUUCACAGUUUCUUCCUAGGUAUCCUUCAUUAUUUUUCCUUGCUUUCCGCGUUAAAUUAGAACUAACUAUGUUAGCAUUUACAUAUCUCUUUUCUCUUUAUAUAUAUGAAAUUUUUAUACAUAUCUAUCUACACUGAAAAAUUAAGCUUGAACCACAAAGAACAUUGCUUCCCGUGUUUUCCAUCUCAAAUUUAGUUUAAUUAAACUCAUGCGUGCAAGCUAUUUGUUCUAAUUUGUGUUGUGUCAACCCCAAAGCAUUUUACUUGGCUCUUAACACUUUCAUUUCUCUAUAAGCUUCUUCCUUUAUCCCUAGCCUUUAAUCUUUAUCUUCCCCUUUUUUAUACAUACCUGUUCUUUACCCCCUCUUUCAUUUUUCAGAACCCCCAUUCUUGAACAGAGCAUCAUAACUUGAAAGAUUAGCUGAAAAUUACAUUUUUAAGUUGCCCCAUUUGAGAUCUUGGGACAAUUUGUUGCUGCUAGUUGGGGGAAUAUAUGAACUUGUGUGGAGAUUUGUACUGAAUUUGAGCUUUGAGAGAAAUAUGGGAGGACACAUGAGCAAAAAGCCUGGUGAAACUUCAGCUGCAAUCGACAAUCUGCAGUAUAAAAUUGAGCUGAAUUCAUAUGAAGCUGCGUGCAGGGUUGACACAGACUUACAGUCCUUUGAUACUAAUCUACAAGCUCGAACCAGUCACGUUAUCAAUACCCUUGCUGAUGGGGUUGAAGUUAGAGCACUUUCGUUUGAUUCCUUGAGGGAAGUAACUGGAUGCCUUUUGGAAAUGAAUCAGGAAGUUGUGAAGGUGAUAUUGGAUUGCAAGAAAGACAUAUGGAAGAAUCAAGAAUUGUUUGAGCUAGUUGAGGAGUAUUUUGACAAUAGCCUCAAAACUCUGGAUUUCCUUGCUGCUUUAGAGAAAUGCCUAAAACGUGCUCGGGAUAGCCAAUUGCUGAUUCUUGUAGCACUUCAACAAUUUGAAGAGGAAAGCGGGGUUGAAGGGAAUAGAUAUACUAAGACGUUAGAGGAACUGAAGAAUUUCAGAGCUGCAGGGGAUCCUUUCACAGAGGAAUUUUUCCAAAUUUUCCAGUCUGUUUAUACACAGCAAAUGCUGAUGCUUGAAAAGCUGCAGCUAAAAAAGAACAAGCUUGAUAAGAGGCUUAAGUACAUCAAUGCUUGGAGGAAAGUGUCAAACAUUAUAUUUGUGGCUACAUUUGCAGCUGUUUUGAUUUGCUCAGUAGUGGCUGCUGCUAUAGCUGCACCUCCGGUCGCAUCUGCUCUGGCAGCUGCAGCGUCGAUUCCAUUGGGCUCAAUGGGAAAAUGGAUAGAUUCCCUUCUCAAGAACUAUGAAGAUGCUGUCAAAGGGCAGAAAGAAUUGGUCAACACAAUGCAUGUAGGUACUUUUAUCACAAUUAAGGAUUUGGACAGUAUCAGGGUGCUUAUAGAUCGAUUGGAAAUCGAGAUUGAAUCACUCUUGAAGAAAGUUGAGUUUGCUAUUGAUGAAGAUGCUGUUAAGGUUGCUAUAGAAGAGAUCAGGAAAAAGCUGGAUGUCUUUAUGAAGAAUGUUGAAGAUCUUGGAAUGCAAGCUGAUGUGUGUAGCAGGGAUAUUCGUCGAGCCAGGACUGUUAUCUUACAAAGAAUCAUCAAACCCCCAAACCAUUGAAGGUUACAGCAUGCUGAAAUUUACCUAAGCACUUUAACAGUUAUCUGAUUUUCAUAGCUUGUGAUGUUAAAUAUGUGAAAACUUAAUCUGAAACAUAUAUAUCAUGGUUAGAGGACUCCUUAACUUUUGUACCAUGAAUAAUAAGUUUUUUUAUUGGA